UUGAUGAGCUGUGGUGUGAAUGAAAAACGAAACUGUCACUGUGAGAUUCUGGACCUGAAGAACAUCUCCAAGCUGGUUUACAGUGAAUCCAUCCAGGUGGGACCUCAGAGAAGCAGCAGUGGUUCUGUCAGCUUUCUGGUGGAUGUGAAGGAGGAUUCAGGUCAGACUGAGACUUACAUCCUGACAGCGAUAAAGAACCCUAGACUCAAGACAGACUGUAGCGCUGAUUUAAAGACAAUCAACCUUCACAACACAUAUCACAGGCAGAAUGGAGGAUUAUUUUCUGGACUUGAUCAGUCAGGCAGCAGUUCACCUGGGAUUCAAACUGAAGCUGCAGUAGAGUUUGUGGACGGAUUCCAGAUCAACUCAACAGUGUAUCUGUUCUCCAACGUGGCAUCAGGAGGUAAAAGCAACAAAGUCCGUCUGAUCUGGCUUCAGGCUGAAACCAGUAAAACUCAGACUCUGGAGUCUCUUCAUGGAGCGACUCUCAGUUCCUCUGGAGGUGAAGACAGCAGACUGCUGGCGUCCUCGGGUCCCAGGUGGACAGCAGGUCCUGUGGAGUGGAGUGUUCAGUGUGGACGGAGGAGGAAGCAACACUGAGCUGCUGCUGUUUGACAUCAGUCCUGAUCUCAACAGGGAGAUGAAUAAAGAUCCAGACUUUUAUUCAUCGGUGAACAAGCCAAACAACCCGUCGGAACCAAAGUCCCUGGAACCAAAGGCCGUUCUGUUCAAGAAGAAAUACAUGGAUUCUGUGUUGGUGGUGAAGCAGGGCAGCUGGACGGUUUUCUUCAUUGGAACAAGCAGCGGGCAGCUCAUUAUGCUUCCUAUGGACAAGAACAAUAAUCCAGCAUGUCCAAAGGAGAUCUACAGGGCCAGUGGUAAUGAUAACAUUUUUUCAAAACUCCUUCUGGACCCAGUGGAUCAUAAACACAUAUAUCUGCAGUUCAAAAAACAGAAUCUCACCUAUGAAACACCUGAAGGGAAAUCUGUCUGGAGAAACUGUGAUGUGGAUUUGAAAGUAGCCAAUGAAACAUUGUAUUGCCCAGUCAGAAUAAGAUACGAUCCAGACCCACAGUUUCCCACAUUUAUAACGAGGAGAACAGGAAACAACGUCCAAGUUAUGAUCCAGUGUCUAGAUUGGAACCUGGAGAUGACAACAGAAGAGCUAUCAGUGUGGGGCUAUAAGGAUGGCAAGCAAUACCCCUGCAUCAUGAAGGGCAAAAACCAAACACAUACUGGAGCAAGCUUUUUCAUCUGCCAAAUAGAAAACACAACCCAUAUCAAAUUUUCCCAGUUAACGAUUAAAUAUGGACAGAUGACAGUUCAGGUGGGGAAUCCACCUCUGCUUGAUCAGUACCUUCUGAUUCUGCGCCUUCUGCUGGUUCCCUGUGGUACUGCAGUGCUGGUGAUCAUCUGUCAGUGCCUUGCUGUGAAGAACAAGCCCUGAUCGUUGGCGUCUUUCUCCUCCUCAGAGCUCCAGCAAAUACGUCAUUUGUUAGAUGUUGGAGUCAUUGAUAUCUGAUAUGAUAUAGCUUCUUCCAAUAAUUACCUGUAUGUUGAACAGUUGUCACUUGUAAGUGGAAAACCUUUUCCAUGUUUUCAUUUCUUGCGUAUUCUUUGCCAUGUGAAAAGUUAACAGCACAGCGUCUGAGUGAUAGAAACAAUUAUUGUUCAGAAUAAUGGGGAAAACCGCAGCAGGUUAAUGUGACUGAAUAAUCAGUUAGAGUGAAACAUGGUGUUCAUCUCCAGAGUUCUUGCUGCUGUGUGUUUGUUCAGUUUAAUCAAAAGAAGUGAGAGGUGGAGUCUUUCUGUUCUGUAAUUCUACUGUUCAUGUCAAAUCAUCUUGAUCAGAGAUUGCAUGUUGUAUUAUAUAAUAUCUUUUCCAGCUUAUUGCAAUGAAAUCUGAAAAGUGAUCAAGGGCAUAAAUGAUGAUCCCGUUGAGUACAGAUUGACAAAUAUUGCAAAACUCAAAAGGUUGAUAUGCAUCUUAGAUUCUUUAAAAAUAUAUAUAUUUACUGCUUGUUGAUAUUUGGAGACGUAUGUAACAUAUUUCAAAAUCUAUGGCAGAAAUGAGUGAUUGCACAAAUAUUCACCGCUUUCAAAGUGAGUGACCUGAUUCCAGCCAAGUGGUGACAGUUGCCUCACAACAGUUGGCAUGGAGAUCAGGGGUGAGUGUAUCAGUUAGGGGAUGGAUAGAAAAAAAGACAUCUCAAAGGCUGUCAACCUUCCAUUCUUUGAUUUGUAUUAUUAUGUGCCUGAAUCAGACACAAAAUCACAACCAGAGACCGUGAAGAAGAAGGAGAGUAUAGACCCGGGAAGGUUUGCAAAGGACGAAGGUCAAAUGAAAUAUCGAGAAGACAAACAGCCAAAGCGCAACAGCUGAACACUGGCUGCAUGGAGGUGAAUAUUUAUACGAUCGCUUACUUCAUCCAACAUUUUUUAUGUGUCAAAAUCAGUUUUCACUUUAAUAUUUGAGUGUUUUCUUUUUCAUUUUAUCAAUGUUUGAUUAUUAAAGGCAAUAAAAGGCGGCGAACACAUUUCAUAGGCACUGUGUACGUGGGAAAUUUUUGCUGUGCUUUCUGCAAGUCUUGUAUUUUUAUCUUGACCGACAUUUAUGGUUUGCUGAGGUGCGAGC